AUGGAGUGUGGUUACGAAGAAAAGCAAGCACAGAGGACGACCGUCUGCGGCUACAACUUUCACCGCGGGCCCGAGGAUAUUGACAGGGAGGAGAAGCUGGGAUUGACACUCAGAAAAAAGAAUCUGCUGUUUAUAGGGAAUCACUUUCAAGGGCACUUUCCUGCGCAAGGUUAUGCCCACCAUUUCCCUCAUGUCCACCUCGUCAGGCCCAAGCCCAUCCGCAAGCUUCCAGUCGAACGUCUGAAGCAAACUAGCAAUGGUCAGGCUCACCGUCCUGUGACCCAAAGUCAUGCCCAAGCAGCUCCUUCGGCCCGAACCAAACGGGAUCAUCUCAAAAUGCUGCCCCUUGAACUCUACAUCACACUCCAAAAACCUCUCCGGUUUAAAUGA